UCCCAGAUGUGCUUCUUUCUUAUGCUGGGAGCCAGUGAAUGUUUCCUCCUGGCAGUGAUGGCCUAUGACCGCUACGUGGCCAUUUGUAACCCUCUGCACUACCCUCUAGUCAUGAACCAGAAGAAGUGUAUCCAAAUGGCUGUUGGCUCCUGGAUUGGUGGUGCCCCAGUCCAGAUAGGACUAACAAGUCAAAUUUUCUCUCUGCAUUUCUGUAAUUCUAACCAAAUUAACCACUUCUUCUGCGACAUAUCCCCCAUCCUCAAGCUAGCCUGUGGGGACGUCGUUGUACAUGAAAUGUCAGUCUAUGUGGUAGCUCUAUUGUUUUCCACAUUUCCUUUUAUGUUGAUACUUGUCUCUUACAGCAAAAUCAUUUCCACCAUUCUGAGGUUGCCAACAGUCAGGGGAAGGGCCAAAGCUUUCUCCACCUGCUCUUCCCACCUGCUGGUUGUAUUUUUAUUCUUUGGAUCCAUUUCCAUUACCUACUUAAGGCCCAAAUCCAAUCAUUCUGCAGGAACUGACAAACUGCUCUCUCUUUUCUACACCAUAAUGACUCCAAUGUUUAAUCCCCUGAUUUACAGUCUUAGGAACAAGGAUGUGAUCACAGCACUGAGAAAACUAUUACUUAGAAAAAUUGCAUGA